GCAUGCGUAGAGAAAGGAGUACUCCACCCUCAGCUGUCUGUAUAAAUAGCACAACAUGAGGGCUCGGUUUUAAGCAAGCAACCUAAAGCUUCCAACUCAUUUCCUGCUUGCUUCCCUUCUCCUUCCACAUUAUAUAUAUUACUAUUGGAUCGAAUUUUUGUCAGAUUCGGUCCAAUGGUUUUGGGUGCAGCCUCAGUAUCAUCAAUAUCAAAAGAAUAAAAAUAACUUUCCCAUCCAUACCAGUAAGCUAGCUAGGAGGAGAUUGAUCUAGCUUGAAUUGGGACUGUGAAGAUGGAUAAGGUGAAGGCAUUGGCCUCGCAGAAGGAAGUAGUGAUGUUCAGCAAGAGCUCUUGUUGCUUGUCCUACGCUGUCAAAAUUCUACUGCAGGAGCUAUCUGUGCAGCCCCUGAUUUAUGAGAUGGAUGAGGACCCAGAUGGCAGGGAAAUGGAGAAGGCACUCACCUGCCUGGGCUGCAGCGCUCCUGUGCCCAUCUUGUUCAUUGGUGGACAGCUGAUUGGGUCCACCAAUGAGGUGAUGUCCCUUCACCUAAGGGGUUCUCUCGUCCAACUGCUGAAGCCAUACCAGAAUUUAUCUUAAUUCUAGCUACCGUCUGUGUUAUUAAUAUCAUGUAGAAGAAUAAACCUGGCUCAACGCUUGCCCAGCUAGUGAGCCGUCCAUUCAGUAGUUUAAUUAUGUAGGGUUUCAUGUAAUAAAUACUGGUAGUUUCGAUUAGCACAAGCGGGUAAUCUCUUUCCUUUUGUCAAUAAUAUAUGCUUUAUAAUUUACUGUCCAA